ACCAAACAGUUCCCCGCCGACGACCUCCAACAGGAACAUUUCCUGACACGGGAACAGGGCCAGUUCAUGCACAUCUGGGGGACGGGAUAUAAGAAACCGCUUUAGUCCCCUCUGAUUCGCCCACUCCGCUUGAAACUGUCCCAGAUUUCCCGUCUUUUGUCCAUGGGCCUGUGCGCAAUGCAACAGAUAUUACACAAAGAUAUUAAUCCGUGUUGUUUACCACUAUGCCGUGCCGUCUCCCCCUUUAUAGCGACGCCUGUGCAGAGUAUUGGAGACUCGGUGAGCGUGACUGCCCCAAAGGCAUUGCAUCGUGCCGGUGGUGAUGCGACCCGAGCUCAGAGUAAAUCUCUGACAUCGUACGAUUUUGACGGUGCUAUGUCGGAGCGAGAGUGGGGGGCGAGCGUGGCCGGUGCUUCCAACGGGGAAUUAAGUACGCAUUGUCAGUGUCAAGCUCAGGUUCUUAUUCAAGCCAUAUCUCCGUCAUCUUUGAUGCCUGCCCGGGUAAGGUAUAGCUGGGGUAGGAGAUUGAGAUGCCUCUGAUCACCCAGACGGGCUUUGUGAGGUGCAGGUUGGACUUGGCGGUUGGGCCUUUUGGCGACGGCCACUGCAACGGUGAUAGCGAUCACAGCAGAGACGUGCAGUAUCUUUGCUCAGCAUCCCAGUGACACAGCUUUCAAUCCACAGCUCUUCUGGUAACGCA